ACCUGGAGGGCGGGGCCUCCCGGGCCUGCUGGGAGCUGUAGUCCCUGGGCCGGCCACGACAAAGGGGAGCGCGAUCCGGCCUGGCGGAGCCCCUUCCCCGCGGGAGAGCCGGCGGCCCGGAGGCAUGAAGUCCCACCGCAUGGCGGUGCUUUCCCGGCCUUCCACGAGCCCCGCGUGAGGGGGCCUGUGAUGUCCACAAGACGGCCCAUGCUGCGGUUGCUCAUGGCCACUGGGAGAGUGUGCCAGAACGUCCAGCCCCACAACCUGUCCAUGUUCCCAAGGAGGCGGUUCCGUGCUUUCUUCCUGGAGGGCCAGGAGGAGCACGGGCCCAGGCGGCAAGCAGCGCUUCAGCCCAACAUGCCUGGCGGUGCUGACAUGAAGCCCCAGUAGUGGUCAAGGAGGAGCGUGUGGAAGGGCCCCCUGGCCAGGACUCUGCAGAAGAGAUGGAGGACAGGAUCCCCGAAGCCUCCAGCCCAGGCUGGGCUGCCCCAGAGGUUGCUGUGAAAGAGGAGCCAGAGGAAGAGGUGUGCAUCAGACCCCCACAAGGCCCCACGGGGAUGCCGGCCCCACUGCCCCCUGGAACUGGCAUCAAGGAGGAGAUGAGGAUAAAGGCCGAGCCGGUGGACGAUGCAUAUCGUGGCCCUCCGUGGGGUGACAGCGAGGGAGAGUCUGGCGAGGACACAGAUGCCUCCGACGUCAGACCUGAUGUGAUUGUGAAGAUGGAGCCGGAGGAGGAAGAGGAGGAGGAGGGGGGCCCCCUCAGAAGUCCGCCUGGCCAGGCAACAGCUCCCAGCGUCCUUCAAGAGGGUGGCCACACAGAGCUGAGCCAGCCCUCACCAGAAGCGGCAAGUGAGCGAACAGACGGGAUUCGGGUGAUGGCUUCUUCCUUCCAGAGCUCCCGCAGGCUGACGGUACCUGGAGGACCCCCCACUGGUGGGGAGAAGCUCUGCCCUCCAGCCCAGGCCGCCUCUGAGCCAGCUAAGCGGCCCAAGAGCCACACGGCUGCCGAGAGGCCCUUUGCUUGCAGUGUCUGUGCGAAGCGGUUCCAGCACCGGGGGAAUCUGAUCACUCACUUGCGGGUGCACACGGGGGAGAAGCCCUUUCCCUGUGCGGAGUGUGGGAAGAGCUUCAGCCAGAAGGGGGACCUGAUGCGCCACACGCGCAUCCACACGGGGGAAAAGCCCUUCGAGUGUGGCGUCUGCGGCAAGAGCUUCUGCUCCAAGCAGACCUUUGUUCUCCACCAGCGCAUCCACACGGGCGAGAAGCCGUAUUCCUGCGAGGAGUGCGGCAAGGCCUUCAACCGCAAGGCCAACUUCAUCACCCACCAGAAGAUCCACCGGGGCGAGCGGCCUUUCGUCUGCGGGGAGUGCGGCAAGGGCUUCUGCGCCAAGAAGACCUUCAUCCUCCACCAGAAGAUCCACGUGGGGGACCGGCCCUUCGGCUGCACCGAGUGCGGCAAGAGCUUCAGCCGCAACGGCGACCUCACCCGGCACCAGCGCAUCCAUACCGGGGAGCGGCCCUUCGCCUGCGCCGACUGUGGGAAGUGCUUCAGCCACAAUGGGGAGCUGAUCAAGCACCAGCGCAUCCACACGGGCGAGAAGCCCUUCGCCUGCCUGGAGUGCGGGAAGAGCUUCAACCGCAAGGGCACCCUCAUCACCCACCAGCGCAUCCACACCGGUGAGCGGCCCUUCGUGUGCGGGGAGUGCGGCAAGACCUUCAACCUGAAGACCACCCUGAUGAAGCACCGGCGCAUCCACACCGGCGAGCGCCCCUUCACCUGCCUCGAGUGCGGCAAGAGCUUCAAGUACAAGGGCAACCUCCGGACGCACCACCUCACCCACACGGUGGAGAGGGUGUACCCCUGCACCGAAUGCGGCGUCAUCUUCAGCCAGAGGAAGGAGCUGAAGGCCCACCAGGCCGCCCACGCCGGGAGCUGCCUGCUGCCCUGCUACGGGGACGAGGGCGAGGACGGGGACCCCUUCCUGCAGGUGCACCCGCUGCUGCUCUCCUGCACCCCUCUGCAGGUGCCCCUCGAAACCCUGUCCAAACUCAAGCAGGAGGCCGGCUACCAGCGGAUGGAGCUGGAGGGCCCCGAUCCAUAGUGGGGGGGCGGGGGGGGGCGGUUUGUAAUCUGCACCAGCGGGGCCAGGCUGGCGUGCUUCACAAAACCACAAGUGUGCGUACGCAUGACGGAGACCGAGGAGAGGGUUCUUUCUUGGAGGAUGCCAGAGCCGGGUCUGUGCCGCAGGCUGGUCUUGCGGUCUCCUGGCCAGCGGUGGAUUGUGGCCCCGUGCUUCAGAGGAGGCCACUGUGGACUUGGCCAUUCGUGCACUGUUUUAGUUUCAGCCGCUGUCACAAGCAAGAGUUUUACUGCGGUCACAUUUUGGGCACUUUCCAGACUUGGGGAUUGUUUAGCAACCCAUGCGCUUGGCCAGCGAGGAGGAGGAGGAGGAGGAGGAGGCUGUGCUGUGGGGGAGGGGCCUGUGUGAAGAGGCGUGGUUUUAUGAGAGGGGAGAGGGUGGGGGAGGCUGAUGAGUGGGAUGAUGCCGUCACUCUCCUAAUAUGAAAAAAGACUACCUUUUAAUAAACGAAAGAGAACGGAGGAGUGGGC